AUGACCUGCAGAAAUAGAAAUCCUUUCCAAAGAGUGGGGCUUGGCUUUCAGUGGUUUCAUUGUUCCUAGUUUUUCAUUGGAAAUUUUCCAUCCUUCAGUGAAGGAGGUGGGACCUGCAGUCAGCCUGGAGUUUUUCUCCUGAGCCCCAUGCGGGUUGUGAGAGGUGACUGUGGCUGACUUGUGUUCCUCAGGCAGCUCUCGCAUGAGCUGGCCUGUGUGGCACUGAAUGGCCCUGUGUGUCUGGCUUGUGUGCUUCUGAAUGUUCGUCUGUGUUAGGAGGGCCUCUUUUCAGCCGCACUUUUUUAAGGAAAGUUUUGCAGAAUAAAUUGGCCUGACUGGCCCCAGAGCUCUUUUUUCUGGAGGACCAUUUCAGUUCAGAAAGCUGAAGAAAUGGACGUCCGUGCUGUCUUGCUCCUUCUAGUCCACCUGAUCCCAGUGUCCACGACGAAGAAUGGAGGGAGCAGCAAGAGUCGGAAGAGGAUCAUGCCCGACCCAGUGACGGAGCCCCCCACGGUGGACCCGGUGUACGAAGCUCUCCUGUACUGCAACAUUCCAAGUGUAGCCGAGCGCAGCAUGGAAGGUCAUGCCCCGCAUCAUUAUAAGCUGAUCUCCGUUCAUGUGCUCAUUCGCCACGGGGACAGGUACCCACUGUAUGCCAUUCCCAAAACAAAGCGACCAGAAAUUGACUGCACUCUAGUGGCCAGCAGGAAGCCGUACCACCCGAAACUGGAAGCUUUCGUUAGUCACAUGUCGAAAGGAUCUGGAGCCUCCUUUGAAAGCCCCCUAAAUUCCCUGCCUCUCUACCCUAACCAUCCUCUGUGUGAGAUGGGAGAGCUCACGCAGACAGGAGUCGUGCAGCAUCUGCAGAAUGGCCAGCUGCUGAGGGACAUCUACCUGAAGAAACACAAACUUCUGCCAAACAAGUGGUCCCCGGACCAACUUUACCUAGAGACCACUGGGAAGAGCCGCACCUUGCAGAGUGGGCUGGCCCUGCUCUACGGCUUCCUCCCGGACUUUGACUGGAAGAAAGUUUAUUUCAGGCACCAGCCAAGUGCCUUGUUCUGUUCCGGGAGCUGCUACUGCCCGUUGAGAAACCAGUAUCUGGAGAAGGAGCAGCGACGGCAGUACCUCCUACGCCUGAAGAACAGCGACCUGGAGAGGACCUAUGGGGAGAUGGCCAAGAUUGUGGACAUCCCCACCAAGCAGCUGCGGGCGGCCAACCCCAUUGACUCCAUGCUCUGCCACUUCUGCCAUAAUGUCAGCUUCCCGUGCAGCAGGAGUGGCUGCCUUGGCAUGGAACACUUCAAGGUGAUCAAGACGCACCAGAUAGAGGAUGAGCGGGAGAGGCACGAGAAGCCCCUGUACUUUGGGUAUUCGCUCCUGGGCGCCCACCCUAUCCUGAAUCAGACCGUCAACCGGAUGCAGCGCGCUGCCGCGGGUUGCAGGGAAGAGCUGUUUGCCCUCUACUCCGCUCAUGACGUCACUCUGUCGCCAGUCCUCAGUGCCUUGGGCCUUUUGGAAGCCAGGUUCCCAAGGUUCGCCGCCAGGCUAAUCUUUGAGCUCUGGCAAGACCUCCAGAAGCCCAGUGAACAUUCUGUCCGGAUUCUUUAUAAUGGGGCUGACGUCACCUUCCACACCUCUUUCUGCCAUGACUUCCACAAGCGUUCUCCCAAGCCCAUGUGUCCUCUUGAGAACUUGGUCCGCUUUGUCAAAAGGGAUAUGUUUGUGGCCCUGGAUGGCAGUAGUACUAACUAUUAUGAUGCAUGUCACGGGGAAGGGGCCUAAAAGGUGUUCAGCACAACACUGUUUCCUUGCUGGUCCUGUCUGUUGCUAAGAUGUCAAGGUACGGAGUUG